AUGCCUACCGUGCAGGUCGUCGUUGGCGCCCAAUGGGGCGAUGAAGGGAAGGGGAAGCUCGUGGACAUGUUAUCCAGUGAUUGUGACGUUGUGUGUCGUUGCCAAGGUGGUAACAACGCAGGUUUGUUAUUAGUUCUCGUAUAUAUUUGGAUAGGCCAUACCGUCGUUGUGGAUGGUCGCUCUUUCUUUUUCCACCUUGUUCCCAGUGGGAUUAUUCGCGACGAUGUCAUGUGUGUUAUUGGAAAUGGUGUCGUCCUGAACCUCACCGACUUCUUUAAGGUGCGUUUUACUCAUAUAUCGGCCUAUUUCCUAGGAAGUCGACCAACUGACCGCAAUGGGCAUUAAAGACAUAGAAAGCAGAAUGAGGAUAUCCGAGCGAAGUCACAUUGUCUUCGAUUUCUAUCAAGACGUCGACGUUCUUGAGGUAGGGUCCUGCUUCUUAAUCUCAACUUUUAGGAGCAAUCACGUGGCCGUCGGCUCCUAGGCACUACAAAGCGUGGCAUUGGCCCCGCUUACGCCUCGAAGGUCUCCAGAAGAGGACUUCGUUUAGUAGACCUCAUCGGCGACUGGAACGUUUUUCGUGAAAAGUUUACAAGCCUCGUGGAGUUCUACAAAAACCAGUUCCCAGAACUAAAUGUUGAUAUAGAUAAGUCGCUCGAAGUGAGUUCCCCAGGCGUAGUUGCGUCUCCACUUUUUUUUGCUUUUCGGGCUUGUCCAAGUUCCAUACGACGUUUUUAAAUCUCCACCGCAUUCCAACAUCGAAGGUUUGUUUUUCUAGGAGCUCCAUGCACACCGUGAACGCAUCAGACCAAUGGUUCGUGAUACAGUUUACUUGAUCAAUAAGCUCGCGCAUGGUUAUACUCACAAGAUCCUGAUUGAGUGCGCUCAGUCAACAAUGCUUGAUAUCGACUUCGGAACUUUCCCGUACGUCACUUCUUCCAAUUGUUCUGUCGGUGGUGUGUGUACUGGACUUGGUCUGGCUCCUUCGCGUGUUGGUGACGUCUACGGCGUCGUUAAAGGUACGUUCCCACGUCUGUUAAACUAUACUGCCGUUUAUAAUGUAAGCCACACUGAGCAUGCCACCUUUUCUGUCUUCAGCAUACACUACGAGGGUUGGCUCGGGAGCCUUUCCCACCGAGCUUUUUGGUGAUUUGGCUGAGCGCCUCCAAAGCCUCGGUCGUGAAUUUGGCGUUACAACCGGCCGAAAGCGGCGUGUUGGCUGGCUCGAUGCCGUCGUCGUUAGAUACGCGCAUACAAUCAAUAAUUUUACGGCUUUGGCUCUUACCAAGCUCGACAUUCUUGACGAUUUUGAUGAGGUGCGUCCUGUCUUUCGGUUUUCAGUGCCCAUUCAAGAUUUAAGAUCUAGACCAUCUUUUCUGAGUUGUUCUCGACUUACAUUUGAAUUGACUGGAUUUUGUGCAUUGAAAGGUGUAGCAGAACAUGCUGUGCCGCCUUUUAGCAUUAGGCCAAGAGCGGCCGUAAUCACGGCGUGUGGCUAAAUUUCAGUCACUCGAUUUCUAAAACAAUAUAAGAUCAGGUUGUGUCCGGGGUUGCUUCAGUGGCAAGAGCACCGUAUCUAGUCCAGUCUGAUCCCUGGCCUUCUCUUAUCGACUUUCGCAAUGAGGUCUCCAUAAUUUAGACUAAACGCAUGUCCCACGCCAAGUUGUAGUCCCGUCAGCUGUUCUCAUUCUUAAAUACCCUCAAUAUGGCCUGCUCUAGUCUCGCUGUCCUUAUAGGUGUUACUCCUUUCCAAUGGUUCGUACAAUUUGGUCCUGGAUGCUAUCAACCAACCGAAAGCGAGGCAGGUUUUAAUGGGCAAAUCCGUGAUCUCGAAGCAUCCUUUACCCUUUGUGUUCCUGGCAUAUAUGGCUUACGCUAUGUCUUUAGUUCAAAUGACAGUGCACGUUUCUCACAUAUGUCUGAAAUUUCCCCUGCAAUCAGUCUAGGGCGUUCAUGAGUCUAACUGAAGUUUGCUGAAUGUGUAAGGGGCCACUAGUGGGUCGCGUAACAAACUUUGGUUCCUUUUUUGCAAGUACGUUCGAUUCAUCUGAGUCGGUGUAAUUUUGACUGCCAUGGAGGAGUCCCACCACUGCUCCAGAUUUCUUUGGUUUCAUAAACUUCACGAGUCCUUGUUACUUCAAGUACUUCUCUUCUCAGAUUAAAAUUGGCAAGGCAUACAUCGAUCCCGAAACUGGCGCCACCUAUCCCACUUUGCCGUCCAGUCCAGAAGCGCUUGAGAAGGUCCAGGUUGUGUACGAAACCUUCCCCGGUUGGAAGACAAAUAUAACCAAAAUUCGAGAGUACGAAGAUCUUCCGGCCGAAGUGAAAAAGUACGUCGAGGCUGUUGAGCGGUUAUGUGGAGUGUCCGUUCGCUGGAUCGGUGUCGGCGAGGGGCGAGACAACAUCAUCAGCAAAAGUUCCUAA